CUUUUUGUAACUCCAUCACUGAAGAGCUCGAUUAAAUUAAAAGUGAAAAUAGAUUCCGUCAGCACCGGAUGGUCAAGAAAAGUACAAGACCUAGUAAUAUUUAGUUAUACAAGGAACUAUAAAUACAACGACUAAUCUCAUGGGGAACGAGGACACGUUAAAUGUUAUUUUUACGAUCGGGUACCUGUUUUUCGUUCUGUGUUUUGUUGCACCUCCGACCGAAUUUGUUUCAGCAGGUUUGACUAUCCAGAAUGUGCUGGCAAAUUACCUAGGCAGUGAACAACUCCAUUUCAUUGAAUACCACAUGAAAAGGACAGCAAUAACCUUGCUUAUUCAUUCACUUUUACCAUUAGGGUAUUACGUAGGAUUGGGAUUAUUUUCACCUCAACUGGGUUUGUUCGCUCCGUGGAAUGUGGGACUCUUCUGGAAGAUCUAUCUAAGCUGUUGUGUUGUAAUUAUCUUGACGUGUUCCUUACUCUUCUACCUGUGGACAAGAAACAAAUUCAGCAGCCAUCCGAUAGCAAAAGAACUGACUCUGCUUGGAAAUGAUGCGUCGUGGAGAGCAGUGGCUUCUUCCAUUAACGUAGAAUUCAGACGGGUGGAUAAAUUUACAACAGGUGCUCCAGGUCGUAGGCUGAUUGUGACAGAUUCGUGGGUGAUGAAAACUUCUACGUACUAUGUGUAUGUAGCCCAUCAGAAUGAUAUACACCUGUCACUGUCCAAGUCGGAGGAACACGAUAUUCAUUAUGAAAGCAUGACAUCGGUGCAAUUCCUCAAAUUCAACGUUGUAAGCAUAAAUCCGAAACUGAAGCCAUUUAGUAUCAGAUUAAAUGCUUUAGAAUACAAAGAUCUGAAAGACAAGCUGACUACGCCCAUUGUCAAUGCCAGGAAUAUAGUAAUAAAACAGUCACUCAGUGACCAGUUCCUGGAGGCUUUUAGACACCAAGUCAACCUUAACCAAGGCUUCCAUAUGCCGGAGGGAAUGGAAUCGGACACUUGCAUAGGCUGCAUGCAGAAGGAGUCUGACAUCAAGUUAGUGAAGCUGUGUGACGGUCUGCAGGUCGGACAGUGUGUUCAGUGUUACUGUCGCCCCAUGUGGUGCUUAGAAUGCAUGGGAAAAUGGUUCGCUAGUCGUCAGGACCAACAAAGACCAGAAAUAUGGAUGUCCGGGAGCUCACCUUGUCCAACAUGUCGAGCAGUCUUUUGUGUUUUAGAUGUUUGCAGAAUUGUAAAAUGAAGAUGUUUGGUGUAUAUGAUAAAUUAUUUCCUUAUACCUUUACAUGUAUAUGUAGGAUUCGUGGUCUUGGUUGCAUUUUUAGAUGCCUGUCUUAUGAUUGGCCGUAUCAUGUUAUAGGCUUUCUGACCUGUCCAUCUGUCUGCUAGUUUUUUGUGUUUGGGUCAUAUUUUUCACACUGUGAGGCUUAGGACUGUCGGUGGAUGCAUUUUGUUUUGUAAACUAAAAGUAGGUGACUGUAGCCUCCUUCUGGAAGUUUAUAGCGGUACAUAAUGAAAAUGUUGGUCACUGUGGCCUCCUUCUGGAAGUUUAUAGCAGUACAUAAUGAAAAUGUAGGUCACCGUGGCCUCCUGGAAGUUUAAAGCAGUACAUAAUGAAAAUGUAGGUCACUGUGACCUGCUUCUGGAAGUUUAUAGCAGUACAUAAUGAAAAUGUAGGUCACUGUGGCCUCCUUCUCGAAGUUUAUAGCGGUACUUAAUGAAAAUGUAGGUCAUUGUGUCCUCGUUUUUUAAAUCUAUGGCUAUACAUAUUAUAUUAUCUAGAAUGUUGUUGCUUAAUGUGAAGCUAUUGUCAGUUUUCGGGACAAACAUUGUUGUGUAAUGCAUUGUUGAUUGACACGUGACCUAGAUAAGACUCUGAACAUUUUAUUUUUAGAACAGAGCUUGGAAGAGUUACAUAAAAAUGUGAAGUAAUACCUGUUGAGUGGCAUGGUACACUUUCUAGAAAUUAAUUUUCAAAAAGUUUGUUUUAGUAUGAAUAGAUUGUAAAUAUUGUGGUAAUAACAAUAUGUAGAAUUACAUUGGAUAAUACACUACGUGUGGCUGGACUUGAUGACUAAUUUCGACAGUGCCAUAAACAGGUCUAAAUCCCCGUGUGUUACAUGUAGUUCAACUCAGCAGUAAACUAACAACGGAUCAUACUGUUUUGUGAACUUUGAUCACCAAGUUAGUAUAUUUUCAUUGGUAAAUAUAUUUUACUGUAGAUAAUGUUAUAAAAGAAUUCUUAAAUCUUUGAUUUGUAUGUAAUUGAUUUUUACUGUACUUGGAUAAUUCUGACCCAUGUUCGUCCAGGAUAAAGAAUUAUCACAUUUU